GCCAUUAUGUGACGUCAUUAUGGCCUGGUUGGGUUAGGUUUGCUUGGAAAUUUUUGUUAAAAGUCUUGUAUUUUAGUGUAUUAUAUGUUGUGCUACUUAUUUUAGAUUAGUAAUACAAAUACCUCAUUCAGUAGCAGUAAUUCUGGUGCCAAGAAGUGAUUAUUUCGGCGACAUUUUGUGGCGAAAAUGAAUCGCCAUGAAGGAGUCAGCUGUGAUUCUUGUUUGAAAAAUAACUUUAGAGGACGACGAUACAAAUGUUUGAUAUGCAUCGAUUACGACUUAUGUGCCGCUUGUUAUGAGUCUGGCGCAACAACAAACCAACAUACAACAGAGCAUCCCAUGCAAUGUAUUCUUUCCAGAAGUGACUUUGACUUGUACUAUGGUGGAGAAACACUGACCUUGGAACAGCCACAAGCUUACACAUGUCCAUUUUGCAAUCGCAUGGGCUUUACAGAUGCAGCUCUCAUGGAACAUGUCACUGCAGAACAUGCAGACACUACACUUGCUGUAGUGUGUCCAGUGUGUGCAUCUAUGCCUGGUGGAGAACCAAAUUUUGUGACUGAUGACUUUGCAGGCCACCUAACACUUGAACACCGAACUGGACCUCGGGAUCUUAUAUCUUUUCUGGACGAGCCAAGUGGCAUCCGACACGGUGGCGUGCGUCGUAUGCCGCCCUCAGGCCGCGGCGUGAGUCGCGCGCGUCGUACCAACAUGCAAUUCAGGUCGUUUAGCACGAGCGGCGGCAUCUCGUCGCUGUCGCCGUCGUCGCGCGACGCGGUCGUCGACCCCAUAGCGGAGCUGCUGUCGCAGCUGUCAGGCGUGCGGCGCGGCGCGCAACCCGGCACGCCGAGCCAGCUGCAGCAGCUGCAGAUGCAGCUACAGCUCGAGCGGCAGCAGGCCACUGCGGCCCGACAACAGUUGGAACGGCUUCCCCGGCGGCCAGCAGCGGCGUCUUCGAGCUGCGCCAGUGCUCCUCCGCCUGCACCCCAGCCCGCAGCUCACCCGCCUCCGCAGCCUGAAGCUGCCGAUUCGCAGUUCCUUCUUGCCGGAUUCCUCGGUGCUACGAACGGAACAGACCCCGCGGAGACGGAGUCUCGCGCGACGCUCCUGCGAGGGCUGAUGCUGUCGUCGCUGGGUCGAGUGGCCCCCGCUCCGCCGCCCCCCGCGCCGCGCGCGCCCGCUCCCGCGCCCGCCCCCGCCCCCGCGCCUGCGCCGUGCGAAGCCGACGCGCGUCGCGCGCCGCCGCCCGCGCAACCCCCGCCGCGAGCCAAGCCACAGCCGCGCACCAAGGUACCCGCGCCGCCCGACCCGCCCGCCGUGCCCACACGCCCGCGCCCCGUCUGACCGCCGCCGGUGUUGCAGGAGGCGGUGGCCGCGGGGGCGGCGGCGCGCGCGCUGCCCGAGCGCAGGUAGGAGCGCGCCCCCGCGCCCCGCCGCGAUCGCCCGCCGCCUCCCAAGCGAAACGCUGCACCGCGUACGGACCUCGGUAGAUGAAACUAUUUAAUGUUCGUUCGUUAGGCAUUACGGUAGUCUAUGUAUUAUUAUUUAUCUCGGCGCGCCGACGGAUCCGAACGAACCGGUCGACUCGCGUUCGCGCUCGGGUGGUGAAGUUCGCGGCCGUCGAUGUUAGUGAGUAUCCGUUGUAAAUAUGGAGUUGCAGGCACGUCGCACGUCACGUUCGGACCGGUGACGUCCGUUAACCGGUUUUACUACGUUGUUUUUCGCUAACACUUAUUAGUGGAUGCUUAUGUUUGUUUUGUUGGCUUUCGAAAUAUCAGUGUGAUUUCCUUUAUUAUAGAGAAUACUUAAUAGUUAUGGAAUGUUUUAAUCGAUUUAAACUACACAUAAGAUGAAAACAAGAUCAGAGAACGACUGUUAGUUAUAAUAAAUGUGUAAGAGAGGAGUCUACCAUUGUAACCCACUGUAUUCGAUAUUAGCUCGAAAGAGAGAGACAAAAAGCAGUAUUGAUUGAGAGUAAUUUUUUAUGAGAUUAUGUUUUGUUGUCAAAUAUUUAUAUUUAGAGUAAAUAGAUACAUGUAUUUUUAUAAAAGCAACUACUAACACUAUGCUUUAUAUAUUUAUUAUUAGGGCUCCUCUCCAUCAUCUUAUUCUUUAGUAAAUCAAAUGAAAAGCUACUUACACUAAAAAUUGUCACUAGCUAUUCAAAAGUGCUUAUUAGUUUGAUCAUUAUACUCCAACAUUACAAAAUGUUUGUAUGUACCCUAAUUAAAUUCUAUAAUAUUA